GGGCGGGGUCGAGGAAGCAUCGGAACCAUCCAGCCAUCAUGCUAGCAGAACUCCUGUGGAACUAGCCUGCUAACUCAUGCUGUAACAACUGUAGAUUGUUUAUUUAUUUGUUUUUUUUCCCCCCCUUUUGAGCAUAGUGUCGAGGUUUUCGUUGCUACGGCGGAUUUAGAAUGGAAACAACAACAACAACUUGUUUGUGAAGGGCGUCUUUCUCCUGCGCAAGAGGACAUCUGUGCAUUGCUAGCUACUUAGCGAGCUAGCGCGGCUAACCUUAACUCGCAAGCUCCACAAGUCGGCGUACAGACGUUAGAAACAUCCGCCGUUAUAAUGGAAAAGGCUGAUUUCCUGAAAGGGCUUCCUGUCUACAAUAAGAGCAACUUCAGCAGGUUCCACGCAGACUCCGUGUGUAAAGCAUCUAACCGGAGGCCCUCUGUGUACCUUCCAACCCGUGAAUACCCCUCAGAGCAGAUUAUUGUAACAGAGAAAACCAAUAUCCUCCUGCGCUACCUUCAUCAGCAGUGGGACAAAAAGAAUGCAGCAAAGAAGAGAGAACAGGAACAAGGUGAGAGCGACAGCCCAGCACCUCCACGGAAGAUCGCCAGGACAGAUAGCCAAGAGAUGAAUGAGGACUCAUAAGUGUGUGUGUCUGUGUGUCCGUGUGUUUGUGAGUGUGUAUGAUUGCGUUUACAGGGCAUAGCCAAUAUAAAUGAAACAUAAAAGCGUUGUGGUGGUUCUGUAGUAUGGCAGGAUGCAUUUCCUGGCAUGAAAUCAGCCCGUUCAUCCCAUAAUGAGUGAGGGAGAUCCUGAUGACUUCAAGUAGAAUUAUUCUUAUCAUCUGAUGCAUCUGUUUAUUAAUGUAACGAGUGUAUUCCAGGAUGAAGGAGACCCUUGCAACACAGUUACCACACAUGGAGAUAAUGUAACCAGAAAAUAUCCUAAAUGAUAUUGAACAGUUUUCCCCACAAGAAAAAAAAAGAUACUUCUCAAAGUCACUGCUUGGUGACUGAAAUUAUCUUGACCUUCUUGGACAUGAACAGAGCCAUCAUCAGUGAGGAAACCUCAUAAUGAUGUUGCUUUUAUUAUUUUUUUUGGCCUCACCCUGUGUUUGUUGGUGUAUGUGAGGUUGUUUGUAUGCCUGCUGAGCUGUAUGUGUGUAUCAGGUGAGUGAGUCGAUGAAAGAAUGGCAGAGCAGAUUGAACGUCAAGAGAUGGACUUGACAGAAAUGUCAGCCACUACACUACCCUUAUAAAGAGUCUCAUACUGGUAUGUGACUUGUGUAGCUUUCUGUCAAAAAAAAAAAAAAAAAAAAAACUACUGGAAAGAGUCUGUCCUGAUUAGUGCAAAGAGAUUUUGUUACUGUUUUAUUUUUAUUAAAACUAUUAUUGUUUAUGUUUGGCAAUGAGCUUCCUGCCAGCCACAGUGCCCACCCUCAGUUUCACUGCCCACUCUGCAGCCACAUGGGGGCAUUGCAACAUUUCUCCACACCUUGAUUCAGCAGAACCAAGAAUGCACUGUGAAGAACAGCACAACAUAGGAGAAACUCUUCCAGAACACCCCUUAAAUUUGUGUUUAUGUUCAAUAACAAUAUCUCAGUUCUAUUUUGGGGCUUGUGCUUGUUGGUUAAAUGUUGUGUUGGUGUUUCUGAGAGAUACUUUUUACAUCUAGCGCCGCCUUCUGGCUAACCGAGGCAAGUAAGACGAAUGGGUUCAGCAAUAGAUUGAUCUAAGGUUUACCUGCUCUUUCCUCAAAGGAUGUACGAGUUGAAGAAUUUAAAAAGUUAUCUGAAAUAUUGAAUUGCAAAUUUAUAAUGUUUGAGUUUUCAAUUGCACAACUAGGUAACAGCACAGGUAGUGAAGAAAAAUAUGUACAGUACAUGUAUGGCAAAGGGAAAAUUUAUAGCCUACAUUAUGUUGUGUGUAAAUAAUAGCCAGUGCCAGAUGUAGUUUCUCCAAUGGAAUAACAUUGUGUCUGCCUUUUUGUAAUAUUAUACAUGUCCAUGGGUAUUGUACACAAUGACCCCUGUAAAGAAAAGAGAAGAGCUCCGAUGCCCAGUGGAAGUUAUCUUGCAAUGUGUGUUAAUGUUUCCAGGGCUGGUCCAAGUGCUCUGGGCCAGCAGUAAAACUAAGGGGGGGGAGCGGGAGGCGAGGCAUUCUCUUCCUGUGACUUGGGAAGAUAUCCAGCCGUCUAACCUUUCCUUGUGGUUUGGCUCCUUUUCCUCCCCGGCUCGGGGCUCAGGCUAGCUGUACUGGUUGUCCUGUGCUGGUGUCAGCCCUGCAUGGUUUUACUCUGAGAGCUGCAUCGAGCUGAACACAGCGGGUUUGAAAAGGGUAUUAUAUUUUCUGCCAUGGAAUGCACAAUAAGCAUGCACAGCAAAGUGCAGUCGCCAUCCUGCCUUGAUCCUGAGAUUCAGUUUGUAUUGGUGUCAAAUACUGAUCAACACUGAAUAUAGACCUUUUUUAAAUGUGAUUGUUAACACUGCCCAGCACAUUCACGGCAAAGCCUCCUGUCCUUUUAUCGGUAGAUGCUGCAAUGUGGGUUGACAGUGUGGUCAGUCAUCUCUCUUCCUACCUACAGUGUACAUACCCUGUCUGUUUUUGAAGCGUAAAACCAUGUUAUGCUUCUGCUCAAAUAGUUUGACUGUUCAAUAACACCCUAAGCCUUGCCCCAUCUUAUGUGUAUUAGAUAACUCUGUUCUUUUUAGCUUUGCUGGAAUAAAACUGGAUUGAAACUCA